AUGUCGGCCAAGAUAGCAAAGACCCUCGCGCGGCAAAAAGAAAAAAUCGCCGAAGGCAACUUCUACGAAGCCCACCAGCAACUCCGGGUCAUCACCGCCCGCUACCUCAAAGCUCAAGACUACCCUUCCUCCUGCGACGUGCUGUACAAUGGCGCCCUGUUACUCCUCCGCGCCGGCCAGGGCGGGUCGGGCGGCGACCUGGCCGUCAUGCUCAUCAACGACGUCUACAUGAAGGGCGAAUACCCCUGCAACGACGAGAACAAGAAGAGAGUGUUGGAGAUCUUCCAUGCCUUUCCCAGCCAGGAGCCCACGCGGAAGCGGUUCGUCAACGACAUGGUGUCUUGGAGCGGGAAAUACGGGGCCCUGGAGCGAGGAGACGCAGAGAUCCAUCAUGAGGUUGGGAAGGCGUUCGCAGAAGAAGGAGAAGCGUACGACGCCGAACGACACCUUAUCAUCGGCACAUCCGCAUCGCCUCCCAUCCUCGCCUCGGUACACUACACCUGGUACAAGACGGACCAGCCGCACCUGGCGGCCAUCUACGCCUCCCGCUCGGUCCUGCCCUACCUGCUGGCCGGCAACCUCGCGUCCGCGAACCUCGCCCUCUCGACAUUCACAUCCCACCUGACCACGUCCAACCCGGCGCUGCUCGCCAUGUCGCAACCGCUGGAGUCGUCCAAAUCGGGCCUCUCGCUCCGCAUAUUUCCCUCGAUCCCGCUGCUCAAUUUCCUCUCGCUCUUGCUCCUUGCAGCGCAAAAGGCCGACGCGUCGCUGUUUAGGCAGCUCGCGAAAUACUACGCCCCUCAUCUCAAGGAGGUCGAGGGGCUGUGGAACGAAGCCCUCGCCCACAUCGGGGAGAUCUGGUUCGGCAUCAGAAUACCCAGACAGUCGGGUAAUCCGCUGUUCGACAUGAUGGGGAGUAUGCUGUUUGGAGGGGGUGGCGGUGGCGGUGGCGCCAAACCAGGAGGGACGCCCAGGUCGGGGACGCCAGCACCCGCAAAGAAGGAGAUUGAGAAGCCGCCGGCUAUGGAUCUGGACUGA